GAUAAAAAGUCUGCGUCCCUGAGAGGAGCUGCCGCGGUCGCACGGCGAUCUGGGGUCCAGGCGGCUCCAGCGUGUGACGCGUGCGGCCGGUCGCUCUGCAGGAGGCUGGAGAGGCGGGCGCGGGAGCGGUUCGGCCGGGCGGUGGAGCGCAGGGCGGCCGCGCUGAAGCUGAGGAGCGCCGCUCGAUCGCCGGUCUCCGGCCUGAUCGAGAACGCCGUGGUGGAGGUGUAUGAGCGGACCCCUUGCAUGCAGGCUUUCGCCACCAGCGAACAGAUGAUCGGGGAGAGCUGCAAGGCCCUGAAUAUUCUGUACGUGCACAGCGGGGUGUACCAGCCCAGCCUCGUUCACUGGCUGUUCCCCCUCCAGAUCGCCUUUCAACAGACCCCCGCCCAAGCCGAGCAUUGCUACGAGCUGUCCAUGUACCUGCACCUGCUGUCCCAGAGGUACCUCCCGAGCGGGGACGAGGUCCUGGCCAUGGCCGAGUCUGUGAUGAGCCGGCUGCAGGAGCAGGACCCCGAUCUCCACGCUCAUCUGCAGCUCUGCGCCUCCAGGAACUCAGUCCUGGACCCCGAGGAUUACGCUGUGGAGUGCCUGGCGAGGGAGAGGGAGAAGGUUCUGGAAGCUCUGGACGUCUCCGGCGUGUCAGACAGACACCUGGCCGCCACCAGGGAGCUCCUGGAGAACCCCGCCGUGUUCCUGCACAAAUGGAUCGGGGAGGGCCUGGUGGGGGUGCUGGACCUGCCGGCCGUCCUGCUGGCCUGGGAUCAGCUCUUCAUGCGGGACUGGAGCCGGAGGGUGAUGGAGGACUUCUGCCUCGCCCUCCUUCUGCUGCUCCGCGAGGCCCUGCUCGCUGCCCACGACUACCCGGCCCUGAGAGAGGUGAUGCUGGUCCACCCCAGCCACCUCUUCACGGCAGAUAUUCGGCGGGCUUGGGUUCACCUGCAGCAGGGGGGUCUGGCUGAUGACAUCCCAGGGCUGAACAGAUUAGACACGAGGUUUCUUUAUGGGCCAUCCCCCCAGGAGGCUGCACCGCACGAAUACCUGGGCCAGAUUCUUCCUAUUGGACUGAAAGACAUCAAUCUCCUUCUGAUUCUGGAUCUGCCUGAAAAAGCUCAAUUCCCUCAGGCCUGCCCGGCGGGGUUUGAUCCGCACGCUGUGAACGUCACGGCGACGGUGGUUCACGGUGAUGUGAAUUUGCAUUCUAAGCCCACUCUCCUGAAGCCAUCUGUCGAGGUGAAGUCACCCCGGAGACACUCCGCUCCCCCUGAAUACAGACUGCGCUACAGCGAUGUCCUGUGCUUUGAUUCGCUGGAUCUAUCAGACUUCAGAGGGAAGCUCUCAAAGAAGGACAGACCUGCUGUGGUCUUUAAAGUUGCGUACACUCAACAGGAGAACACCGGUUUUGCACCGAUGAUGCUGGGAUGGGCGAAGGUAGACAUCUUCAUCGAGCAAGAAGCUGGCGCCAGGAGAGUGUGGGCUCUCCCUGAGCUCACAUCCCCUGUGCCACUACUGCCAGGGGAGGCCCAGGGGUCCCCCUGGAACCACACCCUCUCACAAGGCCCAACAGGCCUCUUGCAGACGGGCUCAGAACUCCAGAUGACUACUUUUGACCCAUCAAGAGAAACCCAAAGGCUGCUCAAAACCAUGAGUGAUCCGUCUUCUGAAGAAUCUCCAUUCCAAUAUCCCCCCUGGAUCCCCCACAAUCCUUCACUCUCUAUCCCUCGCAAGUCCAGCACCCAGCAGCCUUUUGACCUGUAUAUCGAUUCAGUGCAUUACAUCCCCGACAAUGCCUCCAUUAUAAAGGUGACAGGCGCACUCCUGCACUCGGGGUUGGAGGACGUGCCUGAGAUCCAGGCCCUCCCUGACCUCAGCUCCUCAGCCCGGAGCCCGGACUUCAGCUUCCGCCUGACCGCGGACCCCGGCGGCCAGACGACCUUCGACCCCGGCACACUGCUGCUGCUGCGGGCGCACACGCUCUGCGCCGACACCGGAGCGCUGCGCGCGAUAGGAGGCUGUGUGCUGCGGGUGUUUGACGGCGAGGCGCGGCUGAACGCCGGGGGGCACCAGUGCCGACUGCGCAGGGGGCCGUCACAGAGCGAGGAGACCCCGCCCACCGAGGCCCUCCAGCACCAGCUCGCCGUUCCCUGCACCACCAUCUUACUACGACUCUUACCUCACACCCCUGACGCUCUGCCAGCUCCCCACUACCUGAGUGGGUUUUAUUUCAGCGACGAUGCCAAACCCAACCGGUCCGAACUAGAAAUAAUCUCCACCUUCCAGAGGGACAGGGGCUUCCCCGAAACCGUGCGGAACAUGGUGGAACAUCUGGCGGAGAAGGAGAAGGCUCAAGUUCUACCUGAGCAGGCCCCAGGGUGGCUGGAGGACCGGCUCGAUGUGAGGAAGGGGAACCUAUCCCAUCAGCCCCCGGCUCUCCUCCCCGUGCUGCGCAUGGUGCGCUAUCGGCAAGAGGCUGGAGUCCGCGUGCGCGUCACACAGGCCUUCGGGCUUCCCGAUGGCCUGUACGUGAACGCGUUCACCAGGGUCCUGAAAGGAUCAGACACCCUCCGUGUCCCGGAGCUUCCCCAGGGGUGGGGAGGGGACGAGAAGUUCCUCACCUGUCGCCAUGACUACAGCAGUCUCCAGCGAGCCCCUCGGUGGACCGACCAGUCCUCGGUCCUGCACCCAUGCCCGGACCCCCACACGGUCCUGCUGGUGCAGCUGUUUGGGCUGGACGCUGUGUACCGGCCCGACCCCAGCGGCCAGGGCUGCGGCACGGUGUCCGCUCCGGCCCGGGGCCGCCUGGGCCUGGACUCCAAGUCCCAGCUGGCGUGGGCCCUCGUCCCACUGUUCGACGGUGCCUGUGUGAGAAGCGGGGUGCAUUACGCCCCGCUGUUCCAGGGGUCCCCCGACCGAGGAUUUCUGGGAUAUGUAGUUUCCUGCCCGGUGAAAGAGGCCACAGCAGGACACUUGAAGAGCAGGACGUUGAAGCUGUGGAGAGGCUCGGCGAGCCUGGCGGUCCAGGUGUGGGACGGACACUUUCUGGAUGACGAACGGCCCGACCUGCCUGUCCUGGAUGGCCUUCUGCCCGCAGACAGAAAGAAGAAGUUCCUGAAGACUCAGUGCAGCCGGUCGGGGAAGGAGCUGUCCCAGCUGGUGCUGCAGACGCUGGGCCGGAGGGCCAGGAGGAAGGGCCGCGGCAGUGUGGAGUACCAGAGGGAGGAGGCCUUCUACGAGCAGGCCAUGGGCUCCACCUUCUGCACCCUCAUGGAAACCUCACUGAUGAACGCUGGCUAUGGUCCUCUCUGACAAACGGACAUGGAGCUAUGAGCUACAGCAAAAAUAUGUGCAUUUAAUGUGUUAUCGCCACUCUGCCAAAACGAGCAGUUAAAACUGUCCCAUGGCUGAGGAAUGGUGCUUGACCAAAAUCGGUUUCUUCUGCUGAUUCCCUGAAAUGAUUCAGAAUGAUUUGUGCCGUUUAAACUGAAGGUGUCCACUGCAGCAGCCCUUGGGGAAUAAGAGACUGAGCGUGUUUAAGCACUGGUGGCAGGAGAAACUGAGCUGCUGUGGGUUUGCACUGUAUCCCUCAGAAACCAGCGGGAGAUUUACUGCGCAGUGAGUCAUGCGUUCUGCCCAGUGACAUCAUUGUGCGGGGCAGACACGGCUUUUCGUGAGAACAGAACGCUGUCUAAGAAACGCUCGACACACGCUACUAAUGCGCGAAUGCAAUAGUGUGCAUUACAUGGCUGUUUUAGCACUGCUGGCUAAGUGUCAGUACAUCAAACAGUGCUAUUUGGGACUUUUUGGGAGCUUUUCCGUUUCAGUUAAUGGUAACCCGCUUACUACGCCUCUAUGACUGUGACAACAUGUCUAAUAUAAUAAAGACUGUGUUUCCUUUCA